AUGAGUCGUCAUCCCGAAGUGAAGUGGGCCGAGACUACCGAGAAGAUUUUCCUCACCAUCGUAUUAGCGGAUGCAAAGGACGCGAAAGUUAAUCUAGACCCAGAAGGUGUCCUUGAUUUCUCUGCAAAAGCUGGUCCAGAAAACCACGUUUUUGAACUUAAGCUCGAACUCCACGGUAAAGUCAAUGUAGAGGAAAGCAAAAUCAACAUUGGAGAGAGAAGCAUAUUCUGCAUAAUAGAGAAAGCAGAGCCGGAAAGGUGGGAUAAGCUACUCCGAGGUGGAGGCAAACCACCUCACUAUGUCAAGAUUGAUUGGGACAAGUGGGUAGACGAGGACGAGGAGAACAGCGCUGGUGCUGGAGAUAUGGAUAUGGGAGGAAUGGGAGGAAUGGGAGGAAUGGAUUUCUCGAGCCUCGGUGGCAUGGGUGGAAUGGGUGGCAUGGGUGGACUUGAAGGGCUCGGUGGCAUGGGUGGACUUGGCGGCAUGGGUGGACUUGGCGGCAUGGGUGGAAUGGGCGGUAUGGGAGGUAUGGGUGGAAUGGAAGAGUUUGAAGACAGUGAUGAUGAAGAAGAAACCGCAAAAACUGGUGAGAAGAAAGAUGAGUCCGUUAAGGAGGAAGCAGCAAAACCAGAAGAAACAACAUCUGUUAAGGAAGACAAGUGA